AUGAAAAAAAAAUCAAAAGAAAAAGGUGAUGAAUCUACAGCACAUCCCAUUAAACGUGUUCAGUUCCACAAAGAUAGAAGUAAUAUUCAUCCACGUGAAGAACGAUUUUUAUUACCAAUGACACUUGCCACUUCAGUAUAUUCGUCUCAGCAGUUGCAGGAUGAAAAUGAACUUGAUUGGCUGCAAACACAUGGUUCUAUUACGGGUUCUUAUUGGAAGCUGGAACUAAAAGACAAGAAUAAAAGAAUUGCUGAUGUUGUUGAAGAGGUUGGUGAUGAAAUUAUUGAAUAA